UGACGCCGAUUUCAGUUCAGCGAAAAAUGACGCGGUCUGGACAGUCCAGUGGCUGGGGGUGCAGGGAGACCAGGCUCUGGCGAGCCGAGCCCUCCGGGCGCUGACCGCCGGCGGUCAUGGAGGACGAGCAACCCGACAGCUUGGAGGGCUGGGUGCCGGUCCGCGAGGACCUCUUCGCCGAGCCCGAGCGGCACCAGCUGCGCUUCCUCGUGGCCUGGAACGACGUGGAGGGCAAGUUCGCUGUGACUUGUCACGACCGCACGGCGCAGCGGCGGCGGCGGCGCAAGGGGAGCCAGCCCGGGCCCGAGCUGGUGUCCGAGCCCGUGUCUGAGGCCGCCGCGCCCCCGCCCAGCUGGGCAGGCCUGCUCUCGGCCGCCGGGCUCCGCGGCGCGCACCAGCAGCUGGCGGCGCUGUGGCCGCCGCUAGAGCGCUGCUUCCCGCGGCUGCCGCCGGAGCUGGACGCGGGCGGUGGCGGGGCCUGGGGCCUGGGGCUCGGGCUGUGGACGCUGGUAUGGCCGGCGCGCACGGACCUCGGCGAGGCGACGCUGCAGGAGCUGUGCGGGCAGCUGGAGCGCUACCUGGGCCAGGCGGCCGACGGCUGCGGCGGCGCCGCGGUGCGCGACGCGCUCUUCCCCGCCGAGGGAUGCGCGGCCGACUGCGAGAGCCCGCGCGAGUUCCGGGAGCGGGUCCUGCGCGCGCGGCUGGACGAGGCGGGGGCGCGGCUGCGCCAGGUGCUUCAAGGGCAUGAAAAAGCCAACACCAUGAUAGCAUUAAUGAAAGUGUAUCGAGAGGAAGAUGAAGCAUACCAGGAAUUAGUUACUGCUGCAACCAUGUUCUUCCAGUAUUUACUGCAGCCAUUCAGGGAUAUGCGAGAACUUGCAACUUCAUGUAAGCUUGCUAUUUUGAAGUCCUUGGAUGAGGAUGGUCUGGGUCCUAAAAGGGUAGUUGCCCUGCAGAAGGAAGCCCAAGAAUGGACCAGACGGGCUGAAGAAGCUAUAGUCUCGAUUCAAGAUAUUACAGUGAAUUAUUUUGAAAAAACAGUAGAAGCAUUAGCAGGAAUGCAGAAACAAAUGGCACAGGAUGAGAAGAGAUUUGGCCAGGCUGCCUGGGCCACAGCAACUCCCAGGUUAGAAAAACUCAAGCUGAUGUUAGCUCGGGAGACUCUGCAACUCAUGAGAGCCAAAGAGUUGUGUUUCAGUCACAAAAGAGCUGAAAUUCAGGGAAAGAUGGAAGAUCUUCCAGAACAAGAAAAAAUAAAUGUUGUAGACGAAUUAGAAAUACAAUAUUAUGAAGUUCAGUUAGAACUAUACGAGGUUAAAUUUGAGAUAUUAAAAUAUGAAGAAAUACUGCUUGUUACACAGUUGGACUCUAUUAAAAGACUUAUAAAAGAUAAACAGGAUGAAGUUAUCUAUUAUGAUCCAUGUGAAAAUCCAGAGGAACUUAAAGUCAUGGAUCAUGUAAUGGGGCUGCAGGAUGAUAAGAAUUUGGAGGUGAAGGAACUCAGCCGGCAGUGCCAGCAGCUGGAAUCUAAACGGGGCAGGAUCUGUGCCAGAAGAGCCCGUCUCAGGAACAGAAAGGAUCAAUGCAAAGAAAAUCAUCGACUCAGAUUGCAACAGGCUGAAGAAAGCAUAAAAUAUUUUCAUCAGCAUCAUAGCGUUCAGAGGAAAAGAGACCAGAAAAAAGAGGAGGAGCAAAAGAAAAAAGAAUGGAUAAACCAAGAGCGCCAAAAAACACUCCAACGAUUGAGAGCAUUUAAAGAGAGAUGUCCAGGUCGCUCUGUCCUAAAGAGCUCUCGCUCACAACCUGUGGCUCCACACCUGCCGAGUGGACUUCCCCGGCAGACAUCCCCGCUGACUUCUCAGAUGACGGCGGUGAUCCAUCCGUCCUCUAGGAAAACCAGAAGCGCUCCCUUAUCUGAAGUUAGUAACGUGAUAACCCCUGAGCCUGAAGACUGUGCUAGAAACAUCCCUGUUCAGACUUUUGUUCCAGUUGGUGCCCAUACACACUGCAGAUCAAGUGAGGAGUUGUCACUGCCGCCACCUCCUCCACCACCGCCGCCGCCGCCGCCGCCGCCGCCACCACCGCCACCGCCACCGCCCCUCCCUGCUCUGCCCUUUUCUUCUCAAUCUGCAAAUCAUCGGAAUUUACACUUCAGGACUCCAGCGAAAGAUGAUCAGCCGCUUCCUCUAGUGUGUGAAUCGCCCGCUGAGAGCCCGUGUGGUUCCUCAGACAGUCUUAGCUGCCCAGGGUCGAUGGAUGAAGUGCUGGCCUCCUUAAGGCAUGACAGGGCCCCUCUCCAGAAGGUGCAAGCGCCCACUUUGUCCCCUCCCCGUGCCUCAGUCAAUGAGCACAUUCUGGCUGCCAUAAGGCAAGGGGUCAAACUGAAGAAAGUUCACCCUGACCUUGGCCCGAGCCCCAGCAAUAAACCCACCAGCGACCUGGAGAGGAGCAUCAAGGCGGCGCUCCAGAGAAUUAAGAGAGUAUCUGCUGACUCGGAGGAGGACGAUCGUGAUGAGCAGAACCCCGGCGAGUGGGACCGUUAGCCUCUUCGCCAAGGCCCAAGGCUCGUUCUGGAAAAGCAUGUGAAUGGGGUGCUGGUAGACUGGCCACAUAACACCCCGAAAGAUCAGCAGGGCUGGGUGUGUGACGUUGCAGCUUUAUUUAACGCUGCAGCUCUUAAGGUCAGGGAAGGAAGGAGAGACGUGGUGCCUUUCACGCAUCUAAGAAUGCACGGUGAGCACAGCUGGCAUAAGAAAAUGGUAGUUAUUGUUCACCACGGAUAAUCUAGAAUCAUUCCCUUAUUCUGAAAAACGUUUACACUGCUAUGGUAAACAGCACUACUGACCGUUCCUCCCGAGUGUGUGUAGUGGUUUCCUGGGAUUGAAAGGUUUGAAUGUGAACAUUAUUUUAACAAUAAUCCGAAUAAGUUGCUUAUAAGCAGGAAUUAUUUUAAAUAUUUUAAAGGAAAUGUAUUUCAUGUAUCAGGCAGUAUAUAAACUCAUAAUAAAGAACUAUUUAUAAUGCAUCAGUGUCACUCAUGAGGA